AUGGUCCUCUCUUUGCAGCAUUCUGAUGGCACACCCCAGCAUGGUCUUGACUCGAAGUGGCGAGUUGCUCAAGCCAGCCAAUAUGACAGGAAGUUUUUGGUGCCAUCUUCUUCGACAGGGAAGAUCGCAAUCCAUUCGAAAGUCCUUCGUGGCGCGCCAAGAACCCAACAAACAUCAACAAGGCAAGUCGAUCUCUCAACGAAUGAGGCGCCGAUCAGCUUGCUUGUCUUUACCGACAACAGCACCAGACAAGUCGACCUUUCCCUCCCCAGUCUGCUCUUUGUUAGUGGAGCAUUCUUUCUGGUAUCCGGCGGCGAACAGGUGCUGACCUUCAUCAUCGUGCAGAGCGGCUGCCCGCCCCGUCACCGUCCCAACCCAAGCCGAACUGUCGAUACAAGACGGCAACGAGGAUCUCAACAAUCGAAGAGGUGGAAAAUCAAAUGGAGUGUAAUAAGUGGAAACAAAAACACAGUGAUCCCUUGGCGAGAGGCGUGUGCUCAAGCUCGUGUGUGCUCAGGCUCGCAAGGACAGGCUGGCCACUGCCACUCCGCCUUCAUGCUGUGCCAGACUCAUGUCAACUGUGUUGUUUGCACUGCCUUGCGUGUCCGUCAGAGCUUUCUGCUUCGGCAUCUGCCAUGCCUGUCUCCAGGGCAAUGCAACAGGCAGGCCAAACGCUCUGCCCUUUGCGCCCUGUGCAUCAUGCAUGAUGAACCAAGACGACUCGUCGUUUCUGAAGGAAAACCUUCUGGUUUCCCUCAGUUGUCUGGCUGCAUGCUCGAAACGCUGCUGGAAAACAAGUUUAAAAGAGUAUUCUCUCAUCAACCCUUGCAGUCAUUUCAGACUUGUGGCAUAGGCCGAGAGCUUUGGUUUGCAUGCAAGACCAGAAUCCAGCACCACCGGACACAAACACUUCGCUCGGCAUAUGCGGCAAUUGUUUCUAUGAUGAUGAACACAAUCUUUCUUGCUCUUUCGAUGACUCGGUGGACGAUAUCAACGGAUAGCCUUUCGACGAUUCUGAGCUGUCUCUCUGCUUUUACCACGAUUUCUUUCAUCCUCUGGAAGAACAACGCUAACAUGAAGGGAUGCUUGAGUAGUAUGGUCGCAUUCAUACCAGGAGAACAAAACACCUGGCAAACCAUCGCAGGACAUAUAUCGAACGCAGGCACAGCUCAAGGCCUGGAUGGAACAAAGCUUCGCUUUUUCGCACUGCUGAGCAACCUCAUAUACUCUUUUGAUGCAUCAAAUCCUUGCGAGUAUGCUGCUGACACUGGAAUCCAGCGGUGGUUAUGUUUUGAGCUUCAGACAAGUCUGAGCUUCGGGCAAGGGCAUGUGUUGUUUGGAUCCAUGCGCGAACGUGAUGGCCACCCUGAGUCUGAGACGAAACGUGAUGAUCUAAUGCAAAAUGCGUUCUACGAGAGCAAGUUUCAGGUCUGCGAGCUUGGGAUCAAGUAG